UCUGGUGUGUGUGUGUGCGCGCAUGUGUGUUUGUUUUUCUCUCUCUUCCUUGUGGUGGGCUGCUCCUGCCCCUCUGUGCUACAUAAACACAAGUUUGUCAUUACAGCGCUGAGCAUGAGCACACAGGGAAGCACUCACGCCCUGGAGACGCGCUCCCUCCGGACUGGCAGAGAGAUCGGGGCCAAACUCACACUGAGUCUGAGAGUUUAGAGAGACAGGAAGCAGAGAAGCAGGGACACACACACAGAUUUAAAAGAAAUCGGAAAAUUUCAAGAAAUCUCAGGGAUCAGGAAGCAGAGAGCAGAAUAGAGUGGCGGACCCCUGGGAGUGUAGAGACUGUGUGGGAGAGUUAAGAGAGAGAGCGAGAGAGAGAGAGAGGAGUGAGUGAGUGAGUGAGUGAGUGGGUGAGAGCUAGAACAAGAGAGGGGCGGGACAAAGACUCUGCUCAGCCACGGAUCUUCCUGUUGUGACAGUGUCUGUGGAAACUGUGUGGGUCAGGAGGAAGAACAAAGUGCUGGGCUGGAGAAGUCAAGAGAGCGAAGAACAGAGGAAGAGGAGGCCACUUUGGAGUGAGGAGGAGCCGGUGGAAAGUCUAAACAAACCCAACACACCAAUCAGCAAUGGGGAAACAGAACAGCAAGCUGCGUCCUGAGGUCAUGCAGGACCUGGUGGACACCACAGACUUCACUGAGCACGAGAUCACGGAGUGGUACAAGGGCUUCCUGCGGGACUGCCCCAGUGGUGCCCUCUCCCUGGAGGAGUUCAAGAAGAUCUACGGCAACUUCUUCCCAUACGGAGACGCCUCCAAGUUCGCCGAGCACGUCUUCCGCACCUUCGACGCCAACGGCGAUGGAACCAUUGAUUUCCGGGAGUUCAUCGUGGCACUGAGCGUCACGUCCCGUGGCCGCCUUGACCAGAAGCUGAAGUGGGCCUUCAGCAUGUACGACCUGGACGGCAACGGCUACAUCAGCCGCGAUGAGAUGCUGGAGAUUGUGCAGGCCAUCUAUAAGAUGGUUUCCUCUGUGAUGAAGAUGCCAGAGGAUGAGUCAACACCAGAGAAGCGCACAGAGAAGAUCUUCCGACAGAUGGACUUGAAUCGUGAUGGCAAGCUGUCUCUGGAGGAGUUUGUGGAGGGAGCGAAAAAUGACCCGUCCAUCGUCCGGCUCCUCCAGUGUGACCCCAGCAGUGCCGGGCAGUAAAGCGGAAGUCUCGGGGUGACAGACCUCAUCCACUGUCUCAUCUGCCCUGUCUCUCUUCAGCUUCUUGCCCCUUUUCUAUUUACACACGCCCUGGACUCAUCGACUUUAGACACGUCCACAGAAGCAGCCGCUGGCAUCGCUUCCUCUGCUCAGAGAGAGAGACACACACACACACACACACACACACACACACACACACAAACAGACACACACACACA